CCUUCAAAGCUGCAAUCCGUGUGUGUACGCUUGUGUAUCUCCGUCUCAUUGGCCGUGCACCAUUGGAGUAGAUGAAAAGUGGGUGUGGGAAUGGAGGGAGAGGGGAGGGGGGGAGAGAGACAGAGAUAGACAGAGAGAGAGAGAGAGAGUGAUAGGGAGGGACGGGUGGAGAGAGAAGAGAAAGCAACUGUUCUGUUUCAGCAGCUAUUCAACAGUGAAGAGAAAGAAACAGAGAGAGGAAAAAGGAGAGAGAAACAGAGAGAAGCUGCUUACGAAAAAAGAGAGAACAGAGGAAAACGCUCAGCAUCACGAAACUCUACAGCGGAUUUACCUUUAGUGCACAGGUGAGAGAGUGAAGAUCUGCCCUGCUUGAGAAAGAAAGAGAUAAAGAAAGGAGAGAGAGAGCCAGAGAGAGAAAAAAGCAAAGCAGCUGUAACUCUUGAAGACCCAAAGCAGUUAAUUUGGAGCAGCAGCAGAAAGAACAGGUGAGCACUUGGCCAAUGAAUGGAGGACAGAUGGAAGCGGAGACCGUAGAAAACGAGGCCGUAACGGAGGUAUAAACCAAAGGAAAUAAAGGAAAUGUCCUGGGACGAUUUUGAACAGCGAGACUUGAGUUUGUUGCUUCAGUUCUUAAACUCAUCUGGAAUUUGAUUCAUUCCACUCCACAUUCCAACUCCAAUUUGCAAAUACAGUUCGGACUCCAGGAGUAAAGGAGUAACCCUUCACUCUAUGGGGGACGCCCAGAUGGCCCCCAGCCAGCCACGGCUUGGGAUGGAGUGAGAGAAGGAGAGAAAUUUUAAAAAGAAACAACGUUUUCUGGAAGCGUGGUAACUCUGGAAGCCCAGCGCCAUGCCGGUGAUGAAGGGGCUCCUGGCCCCCCAAAACACCUUCCUGGAUACUAUUGCAACGCGCUUCGACGGAACCCACAGCAACUUCCUCCUGGGUAACGCUCAGGGUCACCGUGGUUACCCCAUCGUGUACUGCUCGGAUGGGUUCUGCGAGCUGACGGGCUUUGUGAGGACGGAGGUGAUGCAGAAAAACUGCAGCUGCCGCUUCCUGUACGGCCCUGGGACCAACGAACACGUCGCUCAGGGCAUGGAGAAGGCACUGGAGAGCAAAGAGGAGUACCAGGCCGAGGUCCAGUUCUACAAGAAAAAUGGAACCUCGUUCUGGUGUCUACUGGACAUCGUCCCCAUUAAAAAUGAGAAAGGAGAGAUGGUGCUCUUCCUGUUCUCCUUCAAAGACAUCACGGAUACACACGGCAAGGGUCACCACAGUAGCAUGAGAGACGAUGAGAAGAGGCAGAGCAGGAAGAGCGGGAGCUCUCGUCUGAGUGAGGCCCGACGGAGAGGACGCACCGUGCUCUGCCACAUCACCAGCCAGUUCUCCCGCGGGGGCAAGAACGAAGUCAACCUCGGCGGGAAUAUGUUUGAGAAGCCGUCCCUGCCGGAGUAUAAAGUGGCAGCAGUGCAGAAGUCCCGUUUCAUCCUGCUCCAUUACAGUAUCUCUAAGGCGUUGUGGGAUUGGAUGAUCCUAUUGGCUACCUUCUAUGUUGCCGUGACAGUGCCAUAUAAUGUGUGUUUUACACCAUACAAUGAGCUUGACACGGCAGCCAGGAGCACCAUCGUGAGCGAUAUUGCUGUGGAGAUGCUUUUCAUUCUAGAUAUCAUCCUGAACUUCCGCACCACUUAUGUGAGCCAGUCAGGUCAGGUGGUCUAUGACUCCCGGUCCAUCUGCAUCCACUAUGCUGCUACUUGGUUCUUUGUGGAUUUGGUGGCUGCAUUACCCUUUGACCUCCUCUACGCAUUCAACAUCACUGUUACGUCCCUUGUGCACCUGCUGAAGACGGUGCGUCUGCUGCGGCUGUUGCGCCUGCUGCAGAAGCUGGACCGUUACUCUCAGUAUAGCGCAAUGGUGCUCACUCUGCUCAUGUCCAUGUUCGCCUUGCUGGCUCACUGGAUGGCCUGCAUUUGGUACGUCAUCGGCCGGAAGGAGAUGGAGCGCAACCACGGCAACGACUGGGACAUAGGUUGGCUGCAUGAGUUGGGGAGACGUUUGGAGACUCCGUACCUGAACAGCACGGUCGGCGGCCCCUCAGUUCGGAGCGCCUACAUUGCCUCUCUAUACUUCACCCUCAGCAGCCUCACCAGCGUGGGCUUUGGAAAUGUCUGUGCAAACACCGACGCUGAGAAAAUCUUCUCCAUCUGCACCAUGCUCAUUGGGGCGCUCAUGCAUGCAGUAGUGUUUGGGAAUGUGACGGCCAUUAUCCAGCGCAUGUAUUCACGCCGAUCGCUCUACCACACACGCAUGAAGGACCUGAAGGAUUUUAUCCGUGUCCACCGGCUCCCUCAGCAGCUGAAGCAGCGCAUGCUUGAGUAUUUCCAGACCACGUGGUCCGUCAACAAUGGCAUCGACGCCAAUGAGCUGCUGCAUGAUUUCCCAGACGAGUUGCGGGCAGACAUAGCCAUGCACCUGAAUAAGGAUAUCCUGCAGUUGCCGGUGUUUGAGGGGGCGAGCCGUGGGUGCCUGCGCUCUCUCUCCCUGCACAUUAAAACAUCGUUCUGCGCCCCGGGGGAGUAUCUGAUCCGCCAGGGUGAUGCCCUGCACGCCAACUACUUCGUCUGCUCAGGGUCACUGGAGGUGCUGAAGGACAGCAUGGUGCUCGCCAUACUCGGAAAAGGGGAUCUGAUUGGGUCAGACCUUCCAGGGCAGGAUCAUGUGAUCAAAACGAACGCAGACGUGAAGGCCCUGACCUACUGUGACCUGCAGUACAUCAGUGUGAAAGGGUUGAAAGAAGUCUUAGAGCUUUACCCCGAAUACGCCAGUGUCUUUACCGCAGACAUCCACCAUAACCUCACAUACAACCUGAGAGAGGGCAGCGAGGCUGAGGGUCUCACGAGGUUUUCACGUUCCCCCAGAUUCCCUCAUAACAAUCGGGUGGACUCCGGCGCAUCAACAGACAGCAAACUUCCCUCCAUUGUAGAAACAAGUGGUGAUCCGGAUGAUUAUUAUCACCUCUCUCCAGCCUCACGGUCUCGCCGGAAUCUUCUCCUGCCCAGCCUGAGCAGUCCAGUACGCCGCACGUCCCUGGGGAACCUUCUGGGCGAUGAGCUGCGGCAGUUUAAUGCCCUUCGCCGCUGCCGUUCACCAGUCAGAGGCAGCUGUAAAAGCCCCUCGCCCAAACCGCAGGCCAAAUUGGACCACCAGCCACAUACUGCACCCUCCACUCCACCUAAUAGCGCUCACAGUGCCCAGAGCCAGGCGGGCAGCGCAGCACGCAAACCUACAAAACUGCUCAUCCCCACACUCAGCUGCCUCAGACCCCCCGACCUCAGCCCCAGGGUGGUUGAUGGGAUUGAGGAUAACGGGCGUGUGUUUCACUUCAGUGCCGAGCACAGUGGGAGCAAUGCUACUGCUGUGGAAUCCAGAGAUUCUCUUCAGGUGAACACCACCCUGCUCCAGGAAACAGAGGAAGUGAGACAGAGCAUCAGUCAACUCAACAAAAAGAUGGGCAGCCUGAACCAGGAGGUGUCUCAGCUAACUAAGGACCUACACCACAUGAUGCAUCUUCUGCAAGCACAAGUGGCUGUUCAUCAUUAUACAGCCUCCUUGUCCUCCUACCCUUACGGUGUGCACAUGAUGUCCAACCCAGCUGGCAGCACCGCAAUGGCCUACAGCAUGGGCACCAGCAUGCACCUACACCAGGAGGCCCAUGGCCAUCAUCAUCAGGUGGACCAUGCAAUCCCAGAGAACCUCAACCAUCUAGGUGCCAGCACAUGGAACCAUGGUGGAGCAUGUGGUAGGGAAUCUGUCAGAUUUUUGAUACCACUGUUUGUAAAUGAUUGUUUACAUCAAUACAUCAAGUUGCCUUAUUUUACCUCAUUAAGAUUAUAUCAUUAAGCUAACCACUAUCUAAACGAAAUAUUUCUGUUGCAGGUGCCACUAGUACAAGUGUACAGGAGCAAUCAGAAGGUCAAGGGCACUUCCCUCAGUCUGACCCUCUUCAGCGUCCGAGUAGUCCUGACCCUGGUUCCUGUAAAUGGAGCUCCAUCAACACCACCACCACCUCCUACUACACCCCCCACCAGCACUCCCUCACCAGCUCUACUCUCCUCAGAAUCAGCCCAGGCCAUCAUGGAGUGGCAGCACAGGAUAGUCAGACAGGGCUCGAGGACAAAGGUCCAUC